AUGAACUUACUGAGGGGCUUUCUGGAUAAUGCACCGGCCCCUCCGGCCACGUCGUCGCCGAGUGGCUUCCUCUUCAAGGGCCCAGGAAUGCCCUCGAAGCUUUUCUACCCCAUCCCCAGCAAGACGUCGCCAAGUGGAAUCGAGAUGGCCGAAGACAUUCCUGGCAUCAGUGGGUUCGAUCUGGAGGCUUUCCUGGCCUCACAGAAGAGGACAAGCGAAGACGCCCAGCGAGAAGCCCGAGAUCCUUUCGGUCGGCAUCGCUGGGUCUGUCUUCAGAACCUUCAGACAGAGGCUCUCAACGGCAAGUAUGCAGAGAUUGUUGUUCCAGCCAACGAAGACGGCCGUUUCGGUGUCCGCGUGCAGGGGGAGCCAGUCCCAAAACUCAUCAAGAAAGAGAACCUGAAGCCGAUAGAUGAUGCGGAGACGGUGCAGGUGUGCCGCGUUGCAGCCAAAGGCGAAUCACAGUUUAUUGGUGGCUACAUUCAGAACACACGUUGGCCACGUGCGAUUCUGAGCAGCAUGUCGGGGACGGUUUCUCCGAUUUCGGUGAAACUUGGCUUUCCGCUGCAUGUAAUUCGGGUCCAGGCUCGUUCCAAGCUCUCAGACCGUGCGGAGUUCGACAAUCAGUGGGCUACGUACAUGCUCAUCGAUCCUGGGUCCGGGUUUGCACCAGACGAGUGGCAGUCUUUCGUGGGACCCGUAGUGGUGUGGAGGCCAGAUGGAGAUGUUUCUUCGGAUGAUGUGUCUCUUCUGAACGACUUCGUGUCAAACCUCUUAAACGGUCCGUACUGCGAGGGCACUCUCGACCCGGACCGUGACCUCACGCCGGCGGCAUGGGCUCGUCAUCGCGAGCGCACUUUGGAGAACUUGCGGCUGAACCCGCGCAUGGAGCAAUACGAAGAUCUGCACAUCUGA